UUUUGAAAUAGGCGGCGGUUUUUCGGGCUCGUUAAAAAUAGGCCUCAUUAGUAAAAUAAGAUUUUGUUAUAAUGGGCUGUAUCGUGAAUAAAGGCAGAGAGUGUAUGUAUGGCACAGCCGGGCACUGACAGGCACUGACUCAGACCCCAAAUACUGCAGCCCGCUGAUCUUCAAGCCAAUAAUAUGCAAUUUUAUCCCAAGUCCUAGUUUUUGUUUGGGGGCGGACAUCUAAUAAAACCAAUACUUAAUAUAAUAUCAAAUUAACAUAGAUCAAAACACAUACUAGCGUCUUGCGAUGUGACAAAUUACAUAGUUUACAGCAUCGUUAUAAUUAAGAGCAGUAACGUUUCAUCCGGUUAAUUAAAGCGGCUCUCGGGCUGCGAGACGUAAUAUCCGUUUGGUGACGCAUUUAUCGCUGCUCUUUAGUUCGGAUUGAGUAGGUUUUAAUUAAAGUGGAUUUUAUUGAUUAGAAAUAUAAGUAGUUAAAACCAGUCAGGGCUGUGUCAUAUACUAUUAUAACUGCGUAAUAGCAGAGGUCCCAUAUAUUUUCGCCGCUUUGAAUCUUUUAAAACAUUUUAAGUGAAGUUCCUUGUUACUAGCUAUAUUCGGUUAUCACGGUUUAUUUACGGCAAAAAAGGAGAACUCAAGUUGACUUGGAAUCACCACAAAAAAAUUAUAUAUAGGUGUUCCGAAGAGGGCCGUGGAGCCGCGCCCGCUGUGUCGGCGCUCGCCCCCUCCUGGCAACACGGGCUACACGUCACCCCCCAGCUCCAGCUACGAGGGACAGCCCCGGGCCCCCGCCGCCUUCCGCUCGCCCAGCAUGUCACGCCGGAGCCUGCGCCUGCACACGCCGGGGGGGCGCUACGGCGACGACAGCCUGGCUGACCUCUCCCUCAGUCACUGCGAGACUCACGGCGGCGCCGACCGCGGGGAGACCAGCAUGGUACGGAUCCGCCAAGAGCAGCAGCAGCAGCAUCAGAGCUCGCAGUCUCUCCUGCUCCUGACACACAGGUCCCUGCCAGGCUCCGCGCUGCACGCACAGGGCAGCAACGCCUCCAUGCUCUCCAGCCUGCUGGACGAAUCCUGCGUCCAGGAUCGAACGCUGUUCGGCAGCUUCUGGGGUGAGGAUGACGAUGUAGAGGUCAGAGACCGCAGCCUGCUGGGCCAGCCGGACAUUCACACAGCGCAGACGCAGACCUCCAUGCUGAAUGGCCGCUUCUGUGAUGACUGCGCUGUGCAGACCGAAUGGCGGGACACCCUCUCUGCCUACUCGCCCUCCCCCUCCCUUCACUCCGCCCACACCCAUGAGGACGCCGGAGCCGACGCCCCCGGCCCCUCCUCUUCUAUGGUGUAUUGCCGGAAACGUCAGCCAGGUGUCCUGGCGUCCCUCUCGGAUGCCUGUCUGCGGCAUGGCAGGUGUCUGGCCGUCUCUGCCAUGUCCGUGGUGAUGCUGCUGGUACGGACCGCUUUGCUGAAGGUGCAGAAAGAAGGCAAAGGGGUCCUGGGCUCCCUCUGCUGUGCCUCCCUGUGGUUCACCAGGAGCGCCGCUGCCUCCGCCGCAUCCCUCGCCGCCCGACUCGCAGGGGGAGCGAAGCUGAAGGUGCCGCGGGGGGGUGCCGUGGCAGGGGACGGAGGCAGAGCAGCAUCGGGUCUGCGGCAGUGGCUGGGGGUUGGCUGGUACCAGCUCGUCGGCCUCAUGUCUCUGCUCGACGUUUUUAUCCUGACAUGGUGCCUGCCGAAGCUGUACAGGCUGCUGCUGCUGCUGCUGCCUUUGUUACUGAUCCUGGGGUUAUGGCAGCGGGAUAGUUACGGCCUGCUGGUGCUGGAGGCCCCCACACCAGAGGAGCAGGUCCACGUGGAAGGGGGCCACACAGCCGCACGCGCCUCAGAGGACGGGCGGGCAGAUGCGGGACGCCUCGGCCUGCUGGAGAACCGCGUCAGCCAGCUGUGGGAGGGUUUGCAGCGUGGCGGAUGGCAAAGCAGGCGGCGGCAGGAGCAACUUCGGACUCAGGCCCAGCACCUGGCCCGUCAGCGCACCCUGCUGGAGCGGCUGGAGCGGCGCACAGACCCAGCUGCCCUGGGGUCCUGGGUCUCUGAGCUACUGGAGCAGAAGCUGGGAGAGCAGGAGAGACCCCCCCCGCAGCAGCUCAGUACCGCAUCUCGCCUGACUGAUCUGGAGGCGCUGCUGCGAAACCUUGAAGCCAAGACAGAGGAAGUAUUGCGGAGACAGGUGUCUGUGACCCCUCCUCCUGUGAGCGUGCCUGUCGGCACAGACAGCGAGGCGCACGACAGCCUCCUGGAGAAGGUGCAGAGGCUGGAGGUGGAGCUUGGCCACCUCCGGCAGGACCUGCAGGGGGCGCUAGAAGCACAAGAGAGGUGUGAGCAGCUGGAGACUCUGCCAAACGGGGUGUCUGCGCAGGUGAAACAGGAGCUGCGGAUGCUCUUCUACGGCUCUGAGGAGGCGGCUGGGGCUGACGUGCCCGUGCCCCUCCUACCGUGGCUGUCUGCGCGUUUCACAAGUGGCUCUGAUCUGCGGCGGGUGCUGUCCGCCCUGGAGCACAGCAUCCUGAAGAACGUCAGCCUGUGGGUGAAGCAGAGCAAGCAGACGCCCUGUGGGCAGACGGCGUCCUGCCCCGUGUCCGGCGGGCUGGGGACUGCCGGCGUGUCUGAGAGGGAGGUGCGGCUGAUUGUACAGAACGCGCUGAGACUUUACUCUCAGGACCAGACGGGCUUGGUGGACUACGCCCUGGAAUCCGGAGGAGGCAGCAUCCUGGGCACCCGCUGCUCAGAGACCUACGAGACCAGGUCUGCCCUCAUGACCCUGUUCGGACUGCCGCUGUGGUACUUCACCCAGUCGCCCCGCGUCGUCAUACAGCCUGAUGUCCACCCGGGUAACUGCUGGCCCUUCAAGGGCUCCAAGGGCUUCUUGUUGAUCCGUCUGUCUCGGAAGAUCAUCCCCACGGCCGUCUCCCUGGAGCACCUCGCCAAGGCCCUGUCUCCAAUCGGAAAUAUCAGCAGUGCCCCCCGCCAUUUUGAGGUCUAUGGACUUGAGAAUGAGCUUCAGGAUGAGGGGAUCCUCCUGGGGAAGUUCACCUACGAGGAGGACGGCGAGUCCCUGCAGACCUUCCCCACGUCGGAGCAGAUCGAGCAGGCCUUCCAGAUCAUCGAGCUGCAGGUGCUCUCCAACUGGGGUCACCCAGAUUACACCUGCCUGUACCGCUUCAGGGUGCACGGGGAGCCCAGCGACCAGUGAGGAGGCGCGGGAAGGUCCACACUGCCCUGCCAGACAGCACUGGAAGCUGCUUUAACACGUAAUGUGGGAAAGGAGCUCAAACUGCGGGGCAGCUGCGUUCAGACACAUGCCCUCACUGCACUGUACCCCAGUCCUGGAUCUGACCCUUGACUCGCUGCAUAUUGAACAUCCCAAGUGGGAAUUGGCCCUUUUGUCUGCUAAAGGCCUUUCUUGCCUGGCCUCUGCCCUGGCUUGUACUGUACAGGACUGGGACUGGCCGUGGACGCAGUGCCUUGUUCCAUUUCUGACUCUAGCUGCUUCUUGCUGGAGCUUUUCUAUCAUAUGUUGGACAUGGAAGCGCUAAAUCCAAAGCACCUCAACGGCUGUGUGUUAUGUAUGGACGGGACACACUGAAACCCAGCUCCAAAAGCUCUGUGUGAUGGAGCUGUACCCCCCACCCCCCCAAAAAAAUCACAAUGGUUACAGUGCUGGAGCCAGUCAGCUUUCCUGUGUACCUCCUACCUCAACAACCGCCAAGCACUGGAGUGUGAAGCCUCUAAGCCCGUUGCCAGCGGGCCGUCUGCAUGUGAACGCCUGUUGGUUCAGCCUCUUUACUGGACACCAUGUAUCUUGAGGUCUGGCUCCUUCAGACUUGCCUUGCUGUGUGGGCGUUGAUGCGUUAAUAGCUCCGUUCAUUAACAUCAGUGCUGCUUUAAGAUUCACCGCCACGUCAUUGCAGUUGUCACUGUUUAAAGUAAGAAUGUUACAGGUUUUCCGAACUGGGUCUUCAGUUGUAAUAUGUGUGUUUUAUAGAAUCACAUUCAGCCUGGACUAUUUAUUUUAUGAGUUCUUUCUACAAAAAUGUGGGCUUGAUAGUUUACUUUUUUUAUAAAUGUUUGAUAUCUAAUUUAACUUUGAAAACACUUUUAUUGUGCAUCUCCUUGUUUGGUAAUGGACACAAAUAAAACAGAUUUUUUUUUUCCA